AUGAAUAUUAAAGACAUUGUGAAUGUACGUUUUGAAAAUCCAAAAUUUAAAUUUGAUGGUAAACGUAUGCGAGUUUUACAAGAACGUAAAGUAGUUGAUUGGAGCUCAGCACUAAUUCUUCAAAUGAAAACAAGAUCAUUAGACCCAAUUAUAAUUAAUCCUAACUACCAAUUAUCUAAUCAGAUUAUUAACCUUAAAUCGCCUGAUCAAUGUUAUAAUGAUCUAUCUUAUGCCAUUACCACUAAAUUUGAGCAUCUUAGCAUGAAUAAAGUACGAUCACCGGUUCAUAUUGUGCGAUGGACACCCGACGGAAGAAGAUGUAUGAGUGGAACUGCCACUGGAGAAUUUUCACUGUGGAACGGAUACGGUUACAACUUCGAAACCAUUCUUCAGGCACAUGAAUCUGCUGUGCGAACAAUGUGCUGGUCGCAUUCAGGAUCAUUUCUUGUAUCAGCAGAUAAUCUUGGAUGUGUAAAAUAUUGGCAUCCUUCUAUGAAUAAUAUUCAGGUCUUUCAAGGACAUGAAGAACCCAUUAGAGAUAUAAGUUUUUCAUAUAAUGACACAAAAUUUUGUACAGCAAGUGAUGAUUCUACAAUUAAAAUAUGGGAUUGUAAUGAUUCAAGAUGUGAAUCGGUUUUAUUUGGUCAUAAUUGGGAUGUUAGAAAUGCUCAAUGGCACAAAUAUAAAAGUUUAAUAGCUAGUGCAGGAAAAGACAACUUGAUAAAAUUUUGGGACCCAAGAGCAGCCCAUGAGCUGUAUACCUUACAUUCACAUAAAAGUACUUUAUUAGCUCUUAAAUGGUCUCUUAACGGAAAUUAUUUGCUGAGCGGAGGCAAAGACCAAAUUGUUAGAAUUUUUGAUAUACGAAAUAUGAAAGAGGCUUUUGCACACAGAGAUCAUAAAAAAGAAAUUACUUCACUUGCUAUACAUCCCAUAAUUCCUGAUUAUUUUGUAAGUGGUUGUGGAGAUGGUACAAUUUAUCACUGGCAGAUGUUUAAUGAGACACCUAUGGAAGUCGUUACAAAUGGACAUGAGUUUACAAUUUGGUCUAUGGAAUUUCAUCCUGUAGGACAUACAUUGGCUUCUGGAUCUAUGGAUAAUACAGUAAGAUUUUGGAUAAGACCAAGACCUGAUGAUGGAAAGGUUGUUAAUGAGGAAGAAUUAUAA